AUGCGGCGCUGGUCUCUGCUGCUCUUGCCUCUCGCGUUUGUGUGCGCGGCGGCGGCGGCGGCGGCGGCGGCAGCCCACGCCGGUGGCGGCGCCGAAUGCGGGCUGGACGAGCGCUCGCGGCGGGCGCGGCGGGCGACUCGGCGGCAGCAGCAGCAGCAGCAGCCGCCGCCGCCGCCGCAGGCGCUUCUCUGGCGCUACCCCGCGCCAGGCACCUGCGCCACCAGGUUAGCCCGGGGUAGGCGCUCUUCUGCGGCGGGCGGGCCGGAGGCACCGCGCGUCCCCCGGCGCAGGAGGCGAGCGCAGGAAGAGGCGGCCGCGGCCGCGGGGCCGAGCGAGGGCGACCGGCCGCUGGCCCCGAGCAGGGCGUUCUAUUUCCGCGGCCAGGGCGACCAGCUGCGCCUGAAGGCGGAGCUGGAGAUACCCCGGGAUGCCUUCACGGUCCAAGCAUGGCUGCGGCCCGAGGGGGGGCAGAAGGCGCCGGCUGUGAUCGCAGGAUUAUAUGACAAAUGUUCUUAUACCACCCUUGACCGAGGAUGGGUUCUUGGAAUUAACAACGUCAGUGACCAGGGUAAUCGAGAUCCUCGCUAUUUUUUCUCACUGAAGACGGAUCGUGCCCGGAAGGUUACUACCAUCACAGAUCAUCAUAGCUACCUCCCAAAUCAGUGGGUUCACCUUGCCAUCACUUACGAUGGACGCCUGAUGAAGAUCUAUGUGAAUGGUGCCCAGGUGGCAGCCAGCAGAGAACAGGUAGGGAGUAUCUUCAGCCCUUUGACCUUGAAGUGUAAAGUCCUUAUGCUUGGAGGCAAUGCCCACAACCAGAACUACCGAGGAUACAUAGAACAUUUUAGUCUUUGGAGAACAGUCCGUUCUCAGAAGGAGAUACUGAUGGACAUGACUCUUGUGGCUCAUGAAGUAGAUGUUCCUCUACCUCAGCUCGUUUUUCAGGAGACUUUACUGAAUGUGAAGAGCAUCUGGUCCCCCAUGAAAGAUAGCCCGCGUCUUCCUCUGACUGAGUUCACAUCCCACUCUGGCUACCUAUUGGAUACAAGCCUUGAGCCUCCUCUUUGUGGGCAAACCGUCUGCGACAAUAUGGAGGUCAUUGCCAGUUACAACCAUCUCCCAAGCUUCCGCCACAAAAAGGUGGUUCGCUACCGAGUGGUGAACAUUUAUGACGACCAUCAUCGGAACCCAACGAUUAGCCGCCAACAAAUAGAGUUCCAGCAUCAGCAACUGAAUGACGCCUUCAGUCCGUACAACAUUUCGUGGGAAAUUGAGGUGUUGGAGAUAAAUAAUUCCUCCCUUCGCCACCGCCUCAUCCUGGCCAACUGCGAGAUCAGCAAGAUUGGGGAUGAGAGCUGUGACCCUGAGUGCAAUCAUACGUUGACAGGUUAUGAUGGAGGAGAUUGCCGCCAUGUGCGUCAACCUUCAUUCAACAAGAAAAAACAGAAUGGUGUUUGCGACAUGGAUUGCAACUACGAGCGAUACAACUUUGACGGUGGGGACUGUUGUAACCCAGAUAUAACAGAUGUCACCAAGACUUGCUUUGAUCCUGAUUCUCCUCACAGAGCCUACUUAGAUGUCAAAGAACUGAAGAAUAGGCUCAACCUGGAUGGCUCUACACAUCUCAACAUCUUCUUUGCUAAUUCCUCUGAAGAAGAGUUGGCUGGCAUGGCCACCUUUCCAUGGGACAAAGAAGCCUUGGUGCACUUGGGAGGUAUUGUCCUGAAUCCUUCCUUCUAUGGCAUUGCCGGUCACACUCAUACCAUGGUCCAUGAAGUAGGACACAGCCUGGGCCUCUACCAUGUCUUUAAGGGGGUCUCUGAGGUCUUCUCCUGCAGCGACCCAUGCAUGGAAACGGAGCCAUCCUUUGAGACGGGUGAUCUCUGCCACGACACCAACCCGACCCCAACCCACAAGGUCUGUGGAGAUCCCCCUGCUAGUAGUGACAUGUGUGGGUUCCAUAGCUUCCAGAAUACACCAUUCAACAACUUUAUGAGCUACGCAGAUGAUGACUGCACCAAUUCCUUCACACCCAACCAGGUUGCCCGUAUGCACUGCUAUUUAGACCUCGUGUAUCAGGGCUGGCAACCGAUCAAGAAGCUGACCCCCAUUGCCAUCAUGCCUCAGAUUGUGGACCGAACAGCAACCUCCAUUACUCUGGAGUGGUUUCCCCCAAUUGACAGGCACUUCUUUGAAAGAGAAGUGGGAUCACCAUGUGACCUGUGUGGGGAAGAACGGAUUUUGGUGCAAUAUGCUUUUAGUGCCUCUUCGCCGAUGCCGUGUGACCCGUCAGGCCACUGGAGCCCCCGAGGAGCUGAAGGGCACCCAGAUGUAGAACAGCCAUGUAAACCUGAUGUCCGAACGUGGACUCCCAAUUCAGCUGUCAUCAAGCAAACUGUCCCACCCGCUUGUCCUGAACCUCAAGGAUGCUAUCUGGAGCUGGAAUUCCAGUAUCCAGUGAUCCCAGAAUCUCUGACCAUCUGGGUAACUUAUGUUUCCCCAGAGUGGGACUCCAAAGAAGCAGUAAACGAUAUCAAAUUGUUGAUGGUCAGUGGACAAAAUAUUUCUCUUGGGCCUCAGAACUUCUUCUGUGAUGUCCCCAUGACCAUCAGGCUGGAUGUUGAGAAGAUGAAUGAGGAAGUCUAUGGCAUACAGAUUUACACCUUGGAUGAGCAACUGGAGAUUGACGCUGCUAUGAUCAGUUCAGUCCCACAGAGCACACAGUGUACAAAUUGCCAGCCCAUCCAGUACAAAGUGUCCCGGGACCCUCCCUUUCAGAAAGGUCCUUCGUUCCUCAUCUUGGACCUCAGUCGGAAAUUUGUGGACAGUGAUCUGAAGGUUGGGAUGUCAUACCAUUACUGGGUUUCUGUUCUUUCUGGGGAAGAAGAAAGUGAGCUUUCUCCCCCUCUGGCAUACACCCAUGGAAAAGGCUACUGUGGUGAUGGGAUUAUUCAGAAAGACCUUGGGGAAGAGUGUGAUGAUAUGAACAAAGUGAAUCGUGAUGGAUGUUCCCUCUUUUGCCAGCAGGAAUUAUCUUUCAACUGUGUAGAUGAGCCGAGCCGUUGCUACUUCCAUGACGGGGAUGGUGUGUGCGAAGAGUUUGAGCAGACCACCAGCAUCAUGGACUGUGGGAUCUACACACCCAAAGGGUUCCUGGACCAGUGGGCAUCCAAUGUGUCAGUUUCACACUAUAACGAGAAAUGCCCAGCAAUGGUGGUUGCAGGUCAGCCAGCAGCAAAUCAAAUGUGCCGGACCAAGGAGUAUGACUUCAGUGAUGCCAUGACCCAAUAUGCGUGGUACCCCUGCACUGCCAACCACACUCACACUGUUUUCUGGCUAAAGGCUUUCUACUCCCAAGCCAUGGUUGCUGCUGCAGUGAUCAUCCACUUAGUAACUGAUGGGACAUGGUUGCAGAUGGACCUCGAUCAGAAACAAGAGUCAAUUUUUGUGCAGCUGGUGGACACCAAAAACCAAACUCACGAUCUCGGGGAGCAUGGUCUGAGCUGCCGAAAAAAUCCUUUGAUUAUCCCAGUUGUCCAUGACCUUAGCCAGCAUUUCUACCACACCCAGGCAAUUCUCAUCACCUUCAGGUCUCAGUAUGUGGCGAUCUCUGGGGUGGCCUUGCGCUCCUUCCACAAUUUUGACCCCAUCACUGUCAGCAGCUGCCAGAGUGGACAGACCUAUAGCCCAGCUGAACAGAGCUGUGUUCAGCACUCUUGCAAGACCAUGGACUGCCAAGAGUUGGAGAUUGAGAAUGCCAUGCUGACUUUCACCAGUGGGGGGCGCUACAAUGGUGCCCAGUGUAACGUUACCUGCCAAAUAGGUUAUGUCCUUCAGAUUCACAGAAAUGAUGAUCUACCCCAGAGCCAGUGGGAGCCGAGCACCACCAUGAUGUGCAUCGAUGGGAAAUGGAACAAGCAAGUCUCCUGUGAGCCUAUUGACUGCAGAAUUCCAGACCAGCACCAUGUCUACCCAGCUACUUUUAACUGCAGUGAAGGGACCACCUUUGGCAAGAAAUGCUCUUUCACUUGCAAGCCUCCUGCUCAGCUGAAAGGAAGCAAUAACAAUUUGACAUGCUUGGAAGAUGGUCUGUGGUCUUUCCCGGAGGCUCUUUGUGAGCUGAUGUGCAGGACGCCCCCUUUGAUUCCCAACGCUGACCUCCAAACUGCCCGCUGCCGCGAUGGGAAACAUAAAGUGGGAUCCUUCUGCAAGUAUAAAUGCAGACCAGGCUACCAUGUCCCAGGACCUUCACAGAGAGCAAGAAAGAGAACUUUCAAGAUUCAGUGUGCCCAAGACGGAACUUGGCUGGAAGGAGCCUGCGUUCCUGUGACCUGUGACCCCCCACCCUCCAAGUUCCACGGGCUGUACCACUGCACCAACGGUUUCCAGUUCAACAGUGUGUGUCAGAUUAAGUGUGAAGAGGAUGACCCUCAAUCCGGCCAGGGAAAUAACAUGAUUCACUGCCGAAAGGAUGGGAAUUGGAGUGGGUCAUUCCAUCUCUGCCCUGAAAUGCAAGGGCACUGUUCCCCACCUACCCAGUUGAGUGGUGGCCUGAAGCUACAGUGUCCAGAUGGCUACGGGAUAGGAGCUGAAUGCACCAUCUUAUGCCCAGAACAUCACACUGAGCCCAUCCUGUUGCGUGCCAAUGAAACAUUACAGGACAUCCAACACUGGAUGAAACCUCCACGAGUGAAGAAUGUUGUCUGCACGGGUGAACUUAAGUGGUACCCACACCCUGCAUUGAUCCACUGCAUCAAAGGUUGUGAGCCUUUUGGCGAAGACAACUACUGUGAUGCGAUCAACAACCGAGCCUUCUGCAACUAUGAUGACGGUGAUUGUUGUGUGUCGACAGUGAAGACUAAAAAGGUCAUCCCCUUCCCCAUGUCAUGCGACCUGCAGGGAGAAUGUGCUUGUUUAGAUCCCAAUGCUCAAGAGCACAAUCAGCGGGACCAUCGUGGCUUCAGCUUUGCAUAAUGCCAAGUGCCAAGGCACAGGAAAGAGAAAUAGACAGAGAUCCCCGCCAGUGGAAGGCAAGGAAACACAUCAUUACACCUCUCAUUUUGUCAGUAUCAUUUAUAGUAAGCUGCUCAAACUCACUCCAUGGCAUUUCUGCACCAGGGACAUUUAGACUGCAACCGGUCUGCCUUUAACGUUCUUUGCCCAAGGAGAACCAAGACUCUGGCAGAGGGGAAAGGUGGCAAGCAAGAUAUUGUAUUCAUUGUACCUUACUAGCGAGAACAAGCAGAACAACAAGCGUGUUGAAAUGGACUUUUCAGGGCGGGAUGGGGGGGGGGAGAAAAAAAGCAUGUGUUAAUACUGCAUCCAUCUCGUAUGAACUCUGUAUGGUUUUAGAUGUGGGU